GUGGGCGCAGGACGAGCGCCUGCUGUUCGACAACCCGGAGUUCGACCUGAUCGCACCGCUGCUCAGUCACCUGCAGAGGACCGUAGCGGACGGUGAGCCGCACUUCAAGCUGAGCGCGGCGCGGUGGCAGGAGGCGAUCCGAGCGUCGUCGCGGCGGCUGUUUCCCAGCCUCGCCGCGCCGUCGCUUUGCCAGCUGCGGCGCGGCGGGGCGCCCCGCGACGCGCGCGCGGCGUUUCGCGCCGCAGAUCUUCGAGGGACUGAUGCGUCGAGGGCGGCGGGGAAGCUCGCGGCCCGUCAAGCGGCGCGAGAACGGCGCCGCGUGAACCAGGCGCUGAGGUCGUCGACGUCGGCGGAGCUGGAACAGGCCCCGGAGGCCGAGCGCACGCCUGGCGCGCGCCUCUCCGCGACAUUCCGUGCCCAGCCGGGCCGGCAGCGGGCGCCGCGGGGCCUGCCCAUCUUCGAGAUCGACCUGAACUUCCGCCAGUCGCGCGACCCGAGCAGCCAGGCGGCGCGCCGGUUCUUCCUGGGCUGGAUCCGUUCGGGCUGCUGCAAGGCGGCCUGGCUCGGCAGGCCCUGCUCCGCGCUCUCGAGAGCGAGGGGCUCUGGGGCCAGGCCGCCGCGGCCGCGGUCGGACGAGCGGCCACUUGGCCUCGGCGGGCUGUCCGAGGCGGUGAAGGUGGCCGCGGCGAACGAUUUGCGCUGCCACUCGGCGAAUGCGCUGGGGAGCUGCCUCCGGCAGGGUGCGCCGCGCGCGCUGGCGAACCCGGC